UCGACGGUCGGGCAAAAACACAGCUGGUCUAUGAUCCUCGAAGCGAGCUGACGGUCGAACGUAGUGUCCAAUGUGAUUUACACGAUUUUGUGCCGAUCUGUCGAGCCGAGCUCCGUAGCUCGCGCGAGCGUGCGGCUACAGUCAACGUGAUCCGGCGUCGAUCACGGCCGUGAGGUGAACAGUGUGGGAGAGGAAGAAAGAGAGAGAGAGAGAAAGAGAGAGGAGAGUGCGUUCGUCGCCGAUGUAGCCUGGAGAACAGCGGCGGUGUCACCACGAGGAUUUUUUUAACUGGUCUACCCAGCACUGGAUACAAGGGAGCCUCGCCGCUGCCACGACCAUCUCCUUUCGAUAACAAUGUCGUCGGUGCACUCGUAAUAUUCGGAACAGCGUGAAGGAACGAAGGGAGAAGAGAGAUAGAUGUCAGAAGAAUGGCGUCCACCAGCGGGCACAAGAGGAACGGCUCCAGCUCGAGCAUGUUCGCGCACAAACGCACCGAGUCGGGGGGUGGUUUCGUCGGUUACAAGCGUACCGAGGGCGGUCACAAGCGUGCCGAGAGUAUAUCCAGUGCCUUUGGCCACAAGCGAUCCGAGAGUGGCCACAAGAGGAACGAGAGCAGCGGUGGUUUCGGUCACAAGAGGUCCGAGUCUGGCAGUAAUUACCAUGCUGGGCAUCGACGAAAUGAGAGUAUGUAUGCUAUGACGGGCCUCUACGCCGAAAGCGCCGGCACUGGCGCCGACGAUAAUGCGGACCCGUUGCAGGCAAGCGGCAGCAGACUGACCCACGAUACCGUCAUAAGGUGUCACAGUAGAAAUCCAAGUUCCGGCCUUGUGGAUCAUAGAGAUUUUAUCAUCAAAUGUCACAGCAGGAAUCCCAGUGCUUCUAUGGUAGACAGGGCGGAGAAGGAGAGGGCGCAAACUCCGCCGUUUAAUCCGGACUCCAAGGACUGUGGGAUUCUGAGUUGUAGGCCGGCCUUCAUUCAGAGAUUUGCCGGAAUAAAGGUGUUUGUAUUUCUCCUGUCGUUCCUUGUUACGUUGCAACAAGCGCUUAGCUCAGGUUACAUCAAUUCUGUGAUAACAACCAUAGAGAAGAGGUUUGAGAUCCCGUCCAGCCUUUCAGGCCUCAUUGCGAGUUCUUACGAGAUCGGCAAUGUUAUCACUGUCAUUUUCGUCAGUUAUCUCGGUAGUCGCAGACACAUACCUGUUUGGAUAGCGAUUGGUGCAGUGAUAAUGGGACUGGGAUCAAUGAUCUUUAUGGUGCCACAUUUCACAGCGGAACCCAACUUGACGACAACAGCGAAUCAUUCCAAUUCGGAUAAUAUCUGUCGUGGCGUAUCGUUACGUGAACAAGAUAUGGGUUUGGGUCGACUCUCGUCAGGGUUAUCUUCGCCCCCCUUAGCACCACAUAAUAAUUUAAGAGGUGACAAUUGCAUACAGGGAUCUCCAUCUACAGCUGGACCCGUCAUGCUGUUCGUACUUGCUCAGUUACUAUUAGGAUGCGGGGGUUCUCCUUUAUUUACUCUUGGUACUACUUAUAUAGAUGAUCAUGUGAGGCCGGAAAGUGCAUCUUUAUAUAUUGGUUGUAUGUAUAGUAUGGCGGCCUUUGGCCCAGUCUUAGGUUUUCUUCUUGGAGCGUAUCUUUUAUCUUUCCAUAUGGAUUCGUUUUCUGGAACGAUUAUAAGUAUUGAUCCCGGAGACCACAGAUGGGUCGGCAUGUGGUGGGGUGGAUUCUUACUCUGUGGUCUGCUCCUUAUUUUAGUAGCAAUUCCUUUUUUCAGUUUUCCUAAAACACUACAACGUGAGAAAGAAAAAAUAAGAAUCAUAGAAAAAAAUAAACCGACGAAUCAAAAAGAAAAAGAACAACCGAAAGAGAUUAAGAAAGAAAAUGUUGACGAUAGUGGUUACGGCAAGGAUGUAAAAGAUAUUCCACGAAGUAUGUGGAGACUUGUCUGCAAUCCAGUUUACGUUGUGACAUGUUUGGGAGCGUGCAUGGAGUUGGUGAUCGUGUCUGGUUUCGUAGUGUUUCUGCCCAAGUAUCUGGAAACGCAGUUCAGUUUGGGGAAAAGCCAAGCCAGCAUCUUCACCGGCUCGAUUGCAAUACCAGGCGCCUGUAUCGGGAUUUUCUCCGGCGGAUGUUUGCUCAAACGUUUAGAACUAAGGCCGAAGGGCGCGGUACAAUUCGUUCUCGUCUCGAAUAUAAUUUGCUUGGUGUGUUACGGUCUGCUAUUUUUCCUCGGCUGCGAAAAUGUAAAGAUGGCUGGGACCACUAUACCGUACUUUAACAGUAGUACAAAGGGUCCUGAACCCUUUCAAGUAAAUCUCACUGCCGCAUGCAACUUUGGUUGUGAAUGCCGUAUGACGGAUGUCGAGCCGGUUUGCGGCAACAACGGUCUGACAUAUUUUAGUCCAUGUCACGCAGGUUGCACUGCCUUCAGUUCAAAAUCAAAUUUCACAAAUUGCGCAUGUAAGUUUAGCUCCAAUAUCAAAAUGCGAUAUCCCGAACGUUACACGACAUUAUUUGUUAUUUUAUUACAUGUUCUCACAGGUAUACAUGGUAAUUUGACUAUGCUACCACCAGCUGCUCCGGAAUUUGCGGAAGUGACCGUCGUUCCGGUAGCGACCGCGGGUCCUUGUACUUCACCGUGUAAAACUAUAUUCCCAUUUUUAAUUCUUUUAUUCUUUAUGACAUUUAUUGUCGCUGUAACGCAAAUGCCUUUACUCAUGAUAGUAUUACGGUCCGUUUCCGAAGAAGAAAGAUCAUUUGCUCUGGGUAUGCAAUUUGUAAUCUUUCGAUUGUUCGGUUAUAUACCGGCACCGAUACUAUUUGGUAAUUUGAUCGACUCCACGUGUUUGCUGUGGAAGAGCACUUGUGGAGAAAAGGGAGGUCGAUGUUUGCUUUAUGACAUCGAACAAUUUAGAUACAGAUACGUCGGCCUAUGUGCUGGUAUAAAAAUUCUAGCCCUGGCGUUAUUUUUAAUCGAUUGGUGGCUCGUGAGAAGGAGAAGACAAAUGGAAGACCAACCACCAUCAUUCACUGUCAAUGAAUUUGUAGGGUCAAUUAUCAGCCUAGAUAAACUGUUUGAAGAAAAGCCACAUCAUCAGAAUUUAGGUGGAGAUGGUGACGCAACUCUGCCGAGUUCCGAGAUUCCAACGCCAUCCUCCAUCUCAUCGCCUACAGAACCUACAAAGUCAACGAAUCUCGAAGAAACAGGGUCGUCGAAUCAGACACAAGAUUCAACGGAGACGACAAAUCGCUCAAAACACAUGGAAAUGGAAGUUCCCGAUACAAGGCAAACGCCAUUCGCCAUGCAAGAGCUGGACGUCGAGAUGAAACCAUCAAGCGGUAUGGCGGAGAAUCGUAAUCGAAAUGUUUAAUGUUUAUUUCAUAUUAGAAGCUAUAGAAAUGGAUAUAUCAAAUUGGUGAUAUGUAAAUUUGUGACAAAUUAUUUUAGAUAUAUAUAUAUAUAUACACACACACACACACACACACACAAACAUACACACACAUAUAUUCAGAUAUAUUUGCUGAUGGAUUUUGCCUGACUAAACAGGUCGCCAUAUCCACAUAUAUAUAUAUCUUUUUUUGUUGAAAUAUAAGGGAAUGCAUUAUGAUAUCUAUAGAGACAAUGAAAGUUUGUAUUGAUAUUGAGAUAUUUUAGAAACUGUGAAUGUAAUGAAUUUAAUUGUAUCUAUUAUAUUCUCAUCUCUCUUUACAUAUACAGUGUACUGUGUACCACACGUAUGUGCGUACAUAUAUAUAUUAUAAUUGUUAUUUAUUACUCAAGAUAAUUUGUCACAAAUUUAAAUAGCUGAGUUGGUUACUCUUAGGAAAUAAUAUCACUAGAACGUAAAUUUUUACAGCAAUCAUAUAUAUGUCAAUAAGUAGAUAUAUAACGCGUAAGUGUAGCUCGUUUCAAAUGUACAACUCGAGAUUGUAUUAUUCAUUGCACAUUUAGAUUUAUACUGUUGCUACGUAUAUCGUUAAGGAACAGAUAUAUAGGAAGAGGGAGAAGGUAAGAGGAAAUAGAAUGAUAGGGCGGAUGUGCAAUGUAGGUAAAUUUCUCUUGUCGUCCGACUCGAAUCGCGAUAAAAUAAGCCUUGCGCUAUUGCAAGAGAAGGCCAACGUAACGACGAAAUUGUAAAUAUGAAAAUUCCUGCCUUAAGAAAUAUACAAGACUAGACAAAUGUAUAUUUAAAGAUAAUGAACUAAGUAUCAGAACUAACGAUCUAUAUUAUAUCAUUAGUGCAAAGUAAGAGCUACGAUUUAUUUUAUAACUAGAGAUUAGGUUUCUCGAAACCAGUAGUCAAUUUAGCGUAGUGAGAUAAACGACGAAGAUUAGUAUGACGAAUUUGUAAGUAAUCUCCAUUGUUGAACGACGCGUUGAUCUGUCUUAUUUUUAUUUUUCUGUAGGUAAAUGCAACCGUUUCAAGUGCGCAUCGUUAAGCCGCACGUGAUCUCUUACCGCUUUUUAUUUCUUUUUUCCUUCGGUUUCUAGGCAACCGUUCCUUUUCGUAAGCUUUCCAUAGAGUCGUAGAGAGUAAUUUUUUCCGCGAAAGAAAAGACCAUGAAAAUCACUGUAUAUUCUACAUCACACAAACGAUGCUUCCAAGCAACGAAAAUGAUACUUUUAUUUGCUAACUGUGACUCGAUAUAUCAAGGAAUAAUUGGGAUUAAUAUCACUGCUUUGUCUCGAUUAAAAGUCCUGGCUUUACGCAAAGAGCUCGCUCGCGUACGGGGAGCCUGUUUGCUUCGUACCUGAAAGCCUCUCGAAUCAAUUUCGAUAUAAAAUGAAACUAUUAUAAAAUCACUCAGGAAUGUGAAAUUCUAUAUAAGGGGUGAUGGCACUCCUAAUUUAACUGAAAUUAAAGAACAUUAAAUAUGAAUUAAUACAUCAUCGUGAAAUGGUAUAUUGAGAAAUGAGAGAUUAUAGCAUAGAGGAAGUAUAAGCUUAUCUUUGUUGCGCGCGUCGAUUUUAUUUCUUCUUCGAUGAAACAAUAUGUACACCGUGAAAGAUUUGAGAGUACUAAGCAACGUGAGAAACGUCUUAGAAACAAUUUGGGUGCAAUUGCUUAUCGCGGAUACGUUCGCCGAUCGAUUGAGAUACUUCUCUAUUCCGCUUCGACGUUAAGGGUACUAAAUAGUUUUGCGUAUGCUUCUGAGAGGUCGCAAGCAUAGUCUUAAUUUCACGUAAUUCUGUAAUCACACUCUCCCCGCUUUGGCUCACCACUGUCAAUUUCUCGAAACUGUAAUACACGUUACUAUAUUUUAGAAGGUAUUUUCGAGUUUAAUGUAAACUUCGUCAAAGUUAACCGUUCGCACCACGUUUUGAGAAACAGCGCGUAUGAUCUCCGUAACUACAUAUUAUUAAACACUUAUACCCGCUUUGUGAUAUAAACUUCUUCCGAACGGUAACCUUUGAGGAAGAACCGUAGAGAAUAACAAAAAGUGCUGUGAAUAGAGAGGAAAAGGGAAAUACACGCGUUAAAAUCAAAUUCAAUUCAAUUUACAUGCCGACGGUAGGAAGAGGCGCGGAUUAACGCCGGAUCUUUGUUCCGCGCGAGCGAUUGUACAUACAUAAAAUUACAUAGUUAGAGCGAUUUAUAUCGAGGGAGAUCCGAAGGAGGAGCGCAUAUAUCGCAUCGUAAUAUAAUCUCGUUCGUUGAGAUUGCCAUGAGAUAAAGCGAUAUUUCUAUCGACGUGAACGCAGCUGAUCAUGGCGUAGUCGAUUUCGGAGAAACGAUUGACUCACCUGUAGCCUAUAAUUUAUGCGUAGCUCGUAUUUAUUAUCAAUUUUUACGAACGUUACUUAAAUACGUUUAUAAGAUCUUUUUUCUUGUACGUGUGUUUGUGUAUAUAUAUAUAUAUAUAUAUAUAUAUAUAUAUAUAUA